CAGCCUUGCGUCAUGAUUGUGCGUCGGCUGGUGUGCGUUCCAUGUGUAAGGAAGCAUGCAGUGAGGAUGGUUUCUCAGUGGACUGAGAAAUGAUUCCUUGUUUUCUCGUGUCUUUCCAUUGCCCCCAGUUGUGAUUUCUGUGCUGUGUGCCAGGCCCAGACAAGAUGGCCGGACGGGGCCGAGGUGGUGCCCGGGGCCAGAUGACAUUUAACGUGGAGGCUGUAGGCUUUGCCCGAGGAGAAUCCUUACCUCCACCGACUCUUCAGCCUCCACCAUUAUUCCCUGCGUUAGAGUACAAACCGGUCCCUCUGCUCAUGGGAGAAGAGGUGGAAUAUAUGCUGGCGUUGAAGCAGGAGCUCCGCGGGGGAAUGAAAACUCUCCCGUAUUUCAUCAAACCUGCUGCACCAAAGAAAGAUGUAGAACGUUACUCUGAUAAAUAUCAGAUGUCUGGACCUGUUGACAAUGCUAUUGACUGGAACCCUGACUGGAAGUUGCUGCCCCGUGAACUUAAGAUCAAAGUGAGAAAGGUCAAGAAAGAGAAGUCCUCCAUUGUCCUCCCGAAACACAAACAGAAGCUUCCUCUGGAUAAGGAAGAGAUCAUUAAGAAAUUGGAGAAUUUGGAAAAGAAGGAAGAAGAAGUAAGCUCAGAGGAGGAAGAAGAGAACAAGGAAGAGGGGGAAGAGAAGGAGGAAGAAGAAGAAUACGACGAAGAGGAACAUGAGGAGGAGACGGAUUACAUCAUGUCCUACUUUGAUAACGGUGAGGAAUUUGGUGGUGACAGCGAUGACAAUAUGGACGAGGCCACUUACUGAUUCCCUGCUCACAUGCGCAUACUGACUGGCGGCCAUGAGUCUUUGAGUCCACAGGAGUCUUUCAGUCUAAU